CUUAAUACAAACAUUGAAAGCAUACCAAUUGUGUGUUAUUUAAAUUGUAUGUGCUUUCAAUAAAAUUAAUAAAAUUCAAUUUAAUAUCAAUAAACAUUUGGGAAUUAAGUUAUGAAUAUUAGGAUAUUUCCACUGAUUUUACUAUUAAGCAUAUUAUUUGCAACAUCUAAACAACAGGGACGGAGACCACCACCAGUAUCAGCACAAUCGCAGUCAACUCAACAAAAUGCUGGUAAUAGACGAGGAGGACAACCGUCAGCCACUCCGAGUUUGUCGAGAGGAGGACCACAGUCUCCACCGUCCAGUAUUGAUGACGAAGAUGAAGAACUUGAUUCAGACGGAAACAAAAACUUUGUCUGUCCUAAAGCCGACGGUCUGUUUUCAGAUCCCAACAGUUGUCGAAAGUUUAUGCUGUGCGGCUCAUGGAGGCCGUGGUCACAAACGUGUCCACCCAGUCUCUACUUUGACGGCAAACUCAAGUUCUGUACAUUUAAGACACCACAGCUUAUAUGUGGAGACGUGAGUGAAGAGGAGACUAAAAGAGAGGAACAGGAGAGAAAUCAGGACAAACUUCCCACUUGUGAUCCAAACCAAUGCCAACUUCCCAACUGUUUUUGUUCUGAAGAGGGAACUUCUAUUCCUGGCAAUUUGGCACCCAAUGAAACGCCACAAUUUGUUUUAAUCAAUUUUAGCGGUGCUCUCAAUGAAUUGGUGUUUGAACACUACAAAAAAGUAAUGGGAUAUUCAUCUAAAUUCUCCUCAAAUCAAAAUAGACAUAAUCCAAACGGUUGUGGGAUUAGAGCCACAUUCUUCCUAAAUCAUGAAUAUACUAAUUAUGCACAAAUUCAAUGGUUGGCCGCACAGGGACAUGAAAUUGCUAUGCACUCCAUAACACACCGUUUGCCAGAAGUUUGGUGGACAGACACUGCAAACUAUAGCGAUUGGGCCGAAGAGAUGAUCGGUAUUAGAGAAAUUAUUUUAGCCAACUCUGGCGGGUCGUCGUCCAACUCGGCAAUCACUCGCGAAAAAUUGAUAGGAAUGAGAGCACCAUAUUUUAAGCCCGGUGGAGACGCCAUGUUUGAGAUGGCCAGCGAUUUCGGUCUUCUAUAUGAUUCAAGUGUUGUGGCCCCCCGGGGCACACCUCCAUAUUGGCCAUUCACAUGGGAUUAUCGACAACCGUUUGAUUGUUCUAACAAUAAGAAAGAAACCGAAGAGAAGAAGGCGGUCGAUGGCGAAGACAUUCUCGGUUCGCGUUCUCAGAGUAGAGGCCGACAAAAGAGAAGUACUAAAGAAGAGAUGUCAAAGAAUCGCAAAAAGUUAUCGAUUGGCGAAUACAAGAAGUCUUUCGAGAAGAUUCAAAAGACACCAAAACAAAGAGUUCGCCGCAAUUCGCCGUUUUUGGGUCGACCGCUCAAAUGUGCGACCAAACCAUAUCCCGGGCUCUGGGAGAUACCUAUUAACCCGCUAUGGAAUGAAUACAAUACCUGCCAUCACGCGGAUCAGUGCGUCUUUCCUCACGCCACUGAUGACGAUGAUAUUGAAGAUAUUGUCAACUUUUUGAAAGACAACUUUGAACGACAUUACGGCACAAAUCGGGCGCCGUUUCAAUUGAAUUUUCACGUGACUUGGUUUACACAAAAGGGUCAUAUCAAAGCAUUGAACAGAUUUAUGGACUAUUUGUUGACAUUGAAAGACGUUUGGUUUGUAACAUAUCAGCAAUUGGUUGAAUGGAUGCGCGAACCGAAACGACUUUCCGAAUUGAACUAUAAGUGCGAGAACGCGACGGCCACGACCUGUACCCGACCUCACACUUGUGUUGUUAAGCAUUAUCUGGCCAGUGAUGGAUACACCGCAGCCUCUGAAGACAACUUUAGCAAAAGUGAUACCCGUUAUAUGCCGGUGUGUCACUCGAGUAUAUGUCCGCAACAAUUCCAAUGGUUCGGUAACCACGCCGGCAAAAAACACAACUACAAGACAAUUAUGCAAUUAGUCGACGACGCCGUCUCUACGGAUAACACCAAUUAGAUGUAAUACCCGUUCUCCUAUUUUUUUGGACAUUUAAUAACAGAUUUUUAUUAUUAAUAAAUACUACCAAAUAUUUUAUAUAUCGUACACUUUUGUUGCUAAAGUUAUG